AAAAAGCUUAAUUUUUCAAUUUAGUUUAUAUUUAAAACUCAUCAUAAAAACAAGCAAAAUGUUAGUAAAUUCAUUGCAGAAAGAAGUUUUCUUCUUUUGUAUGCUGCUGGGUAUUAGCUGCACAUCAGCAUUGGCACGUGUAGACAAUAAUUGGUCUCAUAGGCGACCAAACAUUACAGUGACCCAAAAUCAACGGGGUCAAGCUGGUUAUCGACCAGCCAAUGUUGGCUAUCAACAACCUUUAGUACAUAAUCAAACUCAUGCACAUUCAUACAACCAACAUCAACAGCAGCAGCAAUGGCAACAACAGACCAACAAUCGUUCUCAAUACAAUCAACCUGGCUAUAGACCAGCCAUAAAUAAUCCUGCUCAAGUUAAUAACUAUAGACCACAACAACCUUCGUAUGGUCAAGGAACAUUUAAUCAAACACGUCCUGCACCGAAUCAACCUCAAUAUCCUACAUAUGGACAAAGUUCUUUUAAUCAAACACGUCCUGCAUGGCAGCCACAACCAUCGCAAUAUCCCGCCUAUGGACAACAAAACACCUUAAAUCAUACAAAACCUCAACUACCCAUCAAUCCACAAUAUCCCGCCUAUGGACAACAAAACACCUUAAAUCAUACAAGACCUAGUUUCCCUCUACCUUCGGCUCCUCAAGUUCCUGCUUAUCCUAUACUACCAAAUAAUCCCAACAAUAAACCAGCAAUGCCUUCAAAUUCUUGGACUCCACCCGCAAAUCAAACCCUUAUAUAUCCUCAACUACCUAAUAAAGAUAUGCCACCAGCUUCUCCAGCUAUUGGCAGUAAUGGUAUACCUUUAGCACCUCUACAACCAGCUCCUCAAAACCCUCAAGGCCCUCAUAAUUGGCAUUCUGGAGGUCAAGCCGUUUUAAGCUAUGGUCCGGGUCAUUAUCCCUUGCCAGCAGGUAAUACAAAUAAAACUCCACCUUCACAGCAGGGCAGCAGUAAUCCUUAUGCAAAUAUGUUUAAUUAAUAUUGAGAGAAGGAUUUUGUAAAUGUUUGAGAGAAAUAAAUUAUUAAAAAAAGCACUAUAA